CAGACGCAGCCAGCGACUUCAAGUGCGAGGGGUUAGGCACAACCGACAAGCCACAGUGGUGCUGUUACGAAUUCAUUUGAGUUGUAUAGACGAUCAGGACCGCAGACGGCACAGAAUGGGACACUUGUGCUUGGUGUUUUUUUGAUGCUGUACUCGGACCGAGACUGUUCGCCAUAUCAAGAGCUCCGCGGGCGAGUGCCAAGAGUCGAACCGUUCCAAAGUACUCACUAGUCCCGUCUCCGAGUCGCUCUCUGCCGCUGACACCAUGGGCUGUUGCAGCGGACGAUGCACGCUCAUCUUUAUUUGCACUUUACAACUGGUGCUGGCCCUGGAGAGGCAGGUGUUUGACUUCCUUGGCUACCAGUGGGCUCCCAUCCUGGCCAACUUCUUCCACAUCAUCAUGGUCAUCCUGGGCCUGUUUGGCACCAUCCAGUACCGCCCGCGCUACAUCGUGGUGUACAUCGUGUGGGCUGCUCUGUGGGUGGCCUGGAACGUCUUCAUCAUCUGCUUCUACCUUGACGUGGGAGGCCUGUCAAAGGAGAGCGACCUGCUAACGUUCAACAUCUCGGCCCACCGCUCGUGGUGGGGGGAGCACGGACCGGGCUGCGUGCGGAGCGAGACACAGCACGUGGCCGGGGUGCAGACGGCGGCCGACGGCCACUCCUACGUCACCGUCAUGGGCUGCCUGGCAGAGUACCAGUACAUCGAGGUGGCCCACGGCGGCCUGCAGAUCCUCAGCGCCCUCCUUGGGUUUGUGUACGCCUGUUAUGUUGUCAGUGCCAUUACUGAGGAAGAAGACAGCUUUGAUUUUAUUGGUGGAUUUGAUCCAUUCCCACUCUACCAUGUCAAUGAGAAACCCUCCCAUCUCCUGCUAAAGCCCAUGUAUCCGUCUACGUAAAUAGGAGGGGAGGUGACGAGACAGAGCCCCACCCUGAGUGGCUCUCCGUGACCCCAAACCUCUGCCGGAUGCCUCAGACCUGGACACACAAAUUCUCCUCUAUCUCUACACUUCAUCUACCCUCUCACUGUCCUACUUCAGACAUGUUAUUCCAUUGACAUGUUAUACCGCCUCCAAACACACAUGCUUCCUGGCAUCGGCUUCAUUUUGUUCAGCGCGGGGGGGGGGGGGGCUAUGGUGAUGAUGAUGGUGGCGGCAGCGGCGGUGAUGAUGGCGAUGGUGGAUGGGCUGAUUGAGAGGAAUUAAUGUAUAACAGAGUCUCAUACUGUGCACUUAGAAAAGUAUCAAUCUCUUUUAAUAUAUUUUUUGUCCUUUGAUUUUGAAUGCAGAUGUCAAAUUGUCGGAACCGCCAUUAUGGUUCAUUACUUUGAAGAACGCAACUCUGCAUUGGGAACGUGGGCAGCAUCUCGAUCUAUGGGGGAAAUGCAGCGUGCAUGUGUGAUCAGGCUGCGGGCGACCUUCCCCGGUCUGCGGCUCCCCUGUCCCUAGAAGGCUGUGGUGGGAUUUGAAAGGGGUUUGCUGGUUCGGGAUUCUCAUGGUGGUCGGAUGGCCGAAUUACAGUGGUCGUCUGUGGAGGGAGCCAUUGUAUUGCACGUCCGCCUGUUUACUUUAGACUUUAGGCCAGGGACUCUAUGCAGAAUCACGCAGGCCCGUCCAGGAAGAGAGAGAGACACAAACAAGGGGGAGAAGAGAGCUAUAAAGAGAGACAGAAGGGACAGGGCUCCUGUCAAAAAUAGAAUAGUGUAAUUAUGAAUCAGGCUUGUAUCAAAAAAGAGCUUGGAAUAGAGAAUAGGGUGCAGUUUCAAAGACCAUGGGAUUCUUUAGUCAAAAGAAAAGUAUUACUAUCACUGUCAAUUUCCAUUGUAACUACCAAGGGCCAGUUCAGUAUUGCUCAUUCUGCUCUUUCACGGUUUAGUUGUGUUAGAUUGGAAGCCACACUCAAGUUGAUUGUGUCUGAGGGGUGAUUUGUUUUGGUUGCUUCAAACUGCUGACAGACUCCAACGCUGACGGCGAUGAUUUUAACGCACACUCAAGAGCAGAUUACACACCACCGUAUUUGUCUGUGUGCUAUAAAACAAUAUGACCGAUAAAUGGAAGGGGAAGGGUUUCCGAGAACAGCUACAGAGAAACACAAAGGAAUAAACCAUGUACACUAUUCACCCUAGAUCCUCCUGUGCUAUGGUCUCAACUGUAAAGAUGUACUAGCAUGUUUUUAUAUGGGUUUUGUAUUUCUAUGUAUAUGAAAAGAAUGACAAAUACAUAACCAUGAUCUCCAAUCAUUCUAGUUGAUUCAUUCUGAUACAGAUAGCCUACUUAACAUAAAAUGUUACGUGCAAUCUGAACCUUAAUUCAAUGACUUUGCAACAGUACAUUAAAGUCAUUUAAUUGAUUGUUAAUCAAUGGUUUAAGUAAUAUUAACCAGUUAUUAGCACUUUCUUAUCCUGGAGCUCUUCAAACCAACUGAACUAAAGGCAAAACUCCUGAUGCCUUACGUUUGUUUGAAUCACUACUGCCCUCUGUUGGUAAAUGUGUUCAUGUACAAGCUGAAGGGCGCCUGAGAUUCUGCUACCGAUUAUCCAUCAUCAUUGUUCAUUUUUGUAAAAAGCUUUUCUAAACUCAACAGUAAACUGUAGACGGUUGCGUGUGUUAAAGCAUGUUUGUGUAUGUAUGCUGAGCUGGGUACGGCCUGUUUGAUGCCGUUUGUGUUCCCAUGCUAUGUCUUAAUUAAACAGUCCGGUGAAGCAUUUGCUUUGAACAUAAAUUAGAGUUUAAAGAUAUUACGUUGUCCUAUAUUUCAAUUCAAUAUUUACUUCCAAAGGUAAUGCGGUUGAUGUUUACUUUCAAAAGCCAAUCACAAAAUGUUUGAUUUUAAUUCAACUAUUUCAGUGGUUUUCCUGCAUGCCAUUUUGAUCAAAUCUGAUACUCUAACCUUCUCUUAUUUCUAGAGUGGCCAUAUGUUUGCCAGAAAUAGGCAGACCAAUAACUCUUUGUCAAGCUUAGUAUGGGUCCCAAUAAGAGGUAAGAAACUAUGCCUACUACAGUGUAGCUAUAGUGUGGACUGGGUUAACAAACGUCUACUGGUCUUCAUAUUAUGACAGCAUUAGUGUUAUGCUUCUAAGGUCAUUUUGUGAAAAUAUGAGUAUCCAAGUGAAAUAGAGCGUCUUUUCCGUACCCCUAUAAUUUAUAAUUUAGCCAAAACCUGCUAUGUGUAGAUUCAACAGGAGAUAAAAGAUUAGCAUCAUUGUAUAGGAAUAACAAUUUCUGUGGAUAGGAAGUGGAAGGAAAUUGAUUUGUAUUAUUCUAUACUUUUGUGAUCACUGUAGCUUAAACCUGACGAGAUCUUAUGGUGUGAUUCUAAUCGUCAACAGCUGUGCGUUCGGUUCAACAUGUAAAUAGUCGUUUGUUAAUAAAAAAACAUGAACUUU